AUGUUGCGGAUUACUCAAGUGUGCCGCACGGCGUUACCAAAUCUCAUUAACACUGUUCGUCGCACACCGGCUUACCUGCGACAUGCACCACCGGGUUUGUACGUAACGUGUGACUUUGAAAAAAGCCGAAGGCACGCAACACUACUCAUUGAUGCCUCACUCGAUGGUGAGGCGCCGUUAACAAAUGGCACUUAUUUGCUUACUUCUACAGAAGGAGAUGAUGUUUCGUUUCGUCAAGCUCAAAGUGCUCUUGUUGGUCUCCCCUAUGCACAGAAUGCAUCACAAGCGUCCUAUUUUGCUGAUAAUCUCCUGAGUAGUUCUCUAAAACGUGGUGGUAUGGGGAUUCCCUUUGAUGGUAUACAAACUUUAGUUAUUCCAGAGUUAAACCCCUUCGCUGCUCACAUUGUAAAGGAACUAGUAGCCCGUUUACCACAGUUAAAAGUAGCGUGUAGCCCGUUAACAGCAGCAUUCCUUUCGGAUGGUGACUUCUGCGCAGGAAUAAGGAAAGCUCUCUGUGAGAAUGAUGAACAACUCACCGCAAAGUUGAUUGAGUUUGCUGAUUUACCACAAACUAAUCUUCAUAUAAUAGAAGAUGGAUCAACUAUUUCAUUUUUUGGUGAAAGUCGAAAGUUAUCUGUGGCGAGUGGUGAUCUCUCACAAACGCGUGAGAGAUGGAAGCGGGAACGUCGAAAUAAAUUAAAACACUUUGAAUCUUAUGGGUUGUUUUUGUAUGAUCCUGCAUUCCAUGCACUCCUUGUAGGUCCUUCUGCGGGUGUACACUUCCCUUGGCUACCGUUUGUAGUUCAUGAGGCCGAUGCCGCCGCUCUGUUGUUGCUGCCAGACGUUCUUGCCUCGCUGAAAACAGGCGGAUCUCCCUUAUUAGAGGUGUGGCAUGUGAAGGAAUUGUGUGAACGGAUUGCAACCGUAUUGCAGAAGUUUCCCGAAUCCCAACGUGUGCUUACAACUUGUUAUGGUGAAUUCCCUGGAGGGGCGGAUGGUUAUCUUGGGCGACUGCAGCAGACCGCAGAAAAGUUAGAAGAACUGCGAAGUCGACUUGGUAGACGUUUAUCUACAGAUACCGUGCGAGAUAUGAAUAAGUGGAGUUUAAUGUUGGAGGAGAAGAUUAUGAAAGAGAUUCUCUUCACUAAUACAUCCUUAGAGAAGACAUCAGAGGUAGUACUAGAUGCCUACAAGAGUUGGGCAAAUAAAUUUUAUACUGGUAGAAUCGCACGUGCACUCGCCCAAAGUGCCGCUACACUUCCCCCCGAUGCUCUCCCUAAAGAUCAUGUGCGUCCAUCAACAACAACAACAACAACAUCUUCUUCUUCUUCAACAUCAACGCCUAGUAAUACAGAAGGGAUAGCUGGUGUACAGCUGUUGAAACGCCACCUUGAGAAGAGAGGAAUGAACUCACUCUCACCCAUAGUGGAACGGGAGGAGAUUGACGUGAGAGUAUUUCUGGCAAUGGACUCGGAGGAGUUGAAGAAGGUGUUUAAGGCCACUUUUGGUGUAGUCAAAAAGAUGGAAAUGUUGCAGCAGGAACUUAGGGCUUCACAUUAA